AUGCGCCGCACGCCGCAAGAGGUGCGUCGCCUUCAAGGCCAGAGAGUCGCGUUGCGCGACCUCGCGAGCCGUACCGAGCUCAACGGUAAGGUGGGCCGUCUCGCGGGAGUUGACGGUGAGCGGUGGAAGGUGGAGCUGGACGGCAGCGGCGAGGUGGUGAAGGCUCGCGAGCGCAAUCUGGAGCUGACGGGCCUCGCGGAGACCGCCUCGCUCGCUGCCGCGCUCGACGACAAGCCGUAUGAGUCGUACAAAUUGCCGCCGCUGCACCUCCCUCGCUACCACCAUUAUGUGCGAGCGGAGGCGAAUGGACGCCGCGAGCCGACGCUCGAGGACGUGUGUCUGCUCGAGUACGAAAAGUUCGACGACGGCAGCAAGCUGUGGCCGGUGCUGGAGAAGGAGAGGGAAUGGGACCUCGAGGCGCGCCUCCACGACUUCCUGCUCGCCGACGCCUACGAGCCGCCGAAGGGAGAGGAGCUCAACCGCAAGGCGCCGCUCGCGGCAAAGGCGGCGCGGCGCAAGCGGCGGGAGAGGCUCGAGUACUUCCUCUCGAGCGAGAAGCUCCGCGAGCAGAUGCUGUAG